AAGUAGUUGAAGAUAACAGAAAGAAAAGAAGAAUCUCUCUCACAGAGAACUUAAGAACCCUAAUAAUUUAUAGCAUCAAAAUGGUACAUUCGAAGAAAUUCCGAGGUGUCCGCCAGCGUCAGUGGGGUUCUUGGGUCUCUGAGAUUCGUCAUCCUCUCUUUAAGAGAAGGGUGUGGCUAGGAACAUUCAACACGGCGGAGGAUGCGGCUAAAGCCUACGACCAAGCAGCGGUUAUAAUGAAUGGCCAUAACGCGAAGACCAACUUUCCCGUCAUCAAAUCCAACGACUCAGAUUCUUCAGACAUCAACUCUCUCUCAAGGUCACCUAAAUGGUUAUCAGAACACCUCAACGCUAAGCUAAGGAAAAACUGUAAAGACCAGACACCAUAUCUGACAUGUCUCCGCCUCGAUAACGACAGCUCACACAUCGGCGUCUGGCAGAAACGCGCCGGGUCAAAAACAACUCAAAACUGGGUCAAGCUUGUUGAACUUAGCGACGGCGUUAACGCACGGGCCGGUGAUGUUGGGAUUAAUAAGAUGAAGAAAAAAAUCGACGACGUUGAGGAAGAAGAUCAGAUGGCAAUGCAGAUGAUCGAGGAGCUUCUCAACUGGACUUGUCCUGCUUCUGCAUCCAUUUCAGGUCUUCACUAGAUAUAUUAUUAUAAAGUUAGUUAUAAUUAAUUUAUGGAGCUUUAAAAAAAAAUACGGAGCUUUAGUCAAAUACAUUUCGAAUAUAUAUAUGAUAAUCUAUAGGCUAUAGAUCGAAAUAAGCGCAC